UCUAUUGUUGACUCGUGCGAUUGUUUAAUGCGAGUGCUUUUUCAAGUUUUGCUUCGUUUGCAGCGAUUGUUUAAAGUAAUAAUGGAGAAUUUCAGAGAGUUGAAGAAGUUGCGCAUCUCGGACAAUGCAGAGUCCGAGGAUGACGCCUUGUCUUGGCCAGGUGUCAUAAGGGUGCUUCCGAAAAAUGCGCAGGAGAAGCGUCAUACACCGGACGUCAAACGCGUAGUGGUCGUAACUCCCGACGAUACCGCCUCGUCUCUCGUCCAAUAUUUGGAGGGGCGAUAUCCGGAGGUUUUCAAAUGGACGGUGGAGACCGGAGUGGAAGGAAAGGAGUCGGAAGAUGUGGUGGAAGAGUCCGUCGAGCGUAAAAGGCCUUGGUGGAAAAAAUUGUUCUGCUGCUGGACGACAUAAACCUCUUCUCUUGCCAGGCCUUGUUGCGCAGAUUUCGCCUUUCCACCGAAUCUAACAUCGCAACUCGAAAGUGACCUUUUACCCGAAUAUGACAGUCACCAGGAAAAGACCUUUCACCCGGCUACGACUUAAUCGACUGGAUUUGACUUUCCAUUCCAAUUUACAG